CUAGGGAGACGAGUGCUGCCCGAGGUGAUGAGUGCUGCACGUGUAUGCCACUUUAAGUUAGUGCUCCUCGGUGACACGGCGGUGGGGAAAUCGUGCCUAGUCGUCCGUUUCGUCCGUGACGAAUUCUUCGAGUUUCAGGAGCCAACAAUUGGAGGUACCCGCCCUUUGUCGCUGGCGUUUUUUAUUUUCUCUCCUAGCUGCGUUUUUAACGCAAUCUGUUGCGACCGGAGCUGCAACUGUCAAGUUUGAGAUAUGGGACACCGCUGGACAAGGUGAGACAGGAAACUUUGUGAGUUACUCCAGCUUAGUUCUUCCAUAGAGCGUUAUCGAAGUCUCGCCCCAAUGUACUAUCGAGGUGCGGCGGCUGCAAUCGUAGUCUACGAUAUAACAAAUAAAGACUCAUUUAAUGGUGCAAAGUCCUGGGUGAAAGAAUUGCAACGACGUGGUGAUCCUAAUGCUGUCAUCGCGCUUGCUGGCAACAAGGCAGACUUACAAAGCAAGCGGAAGAUUGAUUAUCAGGUGUGAUUGAUCGCGGCUGCCCUCAGCGUAUUUGUAGUCACAGGAAGCUCAACAGUAUGCAGAAGAAAAUGGAAUCAUGCACAUAGAAACAUCAGCAAAGAAUGAUACUAAUGUCAAAUCACUUUUUCAUGAGAUUGGUACGUAUGGGCUGUCUAUCAAGGCUCACAUCUCCGGCGGCGUAGCGCAGAAGUUGCCAUCACAUGCACCCCAAUCAGACCGAGAGGCAUUUCCACUAAUUCCGUGCGUACCAACGAGAGUUGACGUUUUUUUGGCAUGAAUUUCUUACUACCCUGCGUCAGGCCCAAGCCUGCCGAAACCAAGGCGUGCUGCUAAUGUGAAUUUAUUUGAACGCAACCCCUGAACGCUAGACUUUACGGCAGCUGAACACACCGGAUUAGCAGCCUGAGGCUGAGCUCAGAGAAUCCUGCAAAUCAUAUCAAGUUAGGAAAAAUCAUGAUCUAUGUGGAUAUAGGUGGGCUCUCCCAAAAAGGAUGUCUCGCUGGAGUGUAUGAUCUGGCGUCGUCAGGCCGACAAUCUCGUGUCUAGCUUAGUAGGAAUAUAGAUCAUCAUGUCUCUAGUAAUCUCAUACAUGACAGGGCGCCCUGCCUUUACGCUGUCGAGACGUAGAACCCGCGAGCUCUGGAGGCUAGCGGGGGCAUUUUACGUCAAAAGCGGGGGCGCGAUCGACCGCCCCGGUCGCCGAUUCUGCCAAAUUCACGCUCAUUAGCGAAAGAUAGACUGUCGACAUGUCGACACAUUAUUGGCGCCUCGAGUCAUCAUUUUGUUUGCGCGGCGGGCCGGAC